AUAUGAUAUAUGAAUAGGAAAAUAAAAACACGUGAUUCACAGACAGAUGUGUUAGUUAAAAGUCACACAUUUUAUAGACUAAUAAAACGUGAGAUUUAAUUGGAUUUAAAGUGAAUUUAAGUGUUUAUCUGUUUGUUUUGAACACUUGUAGGCAUAGUAUGGCUCAGGGAAAGCUCAAAGUGAAGGCAAAACUGCCCCCAAAUGCCAAACAACACUCUGUCCACAGAGGCGUCAAUAGGAUUAGCAAAGCGCCCAAAAAGCCCAAGAAGUUGACGGCCACUCAAUUGCUUCAGAAAGAAGUGACCAAAAGUAUCAAUAGGACUAUUGAAGGCAAUUGUAGGCAAAAGGCCGAGAAAGAGGGCAAAUCAUUGGUCACUAAAACUGUUACCGACGACAAGACCACGAAAUAAAUGUAUUAAAUUGAAUGAUUAAAAAUAUAUGACUCAUUAUA